GCAGGAGUGGGACCACAGCGCUCCUGUCGCUCAGAGCAGUUCUGACAGAGCCGCUGUCGGGUAAAGAUGGCGACCAGAGUCCUUCAGAGAGUCGGCAGCAGCCUGAAAUGCACAAGAAAUGCGUUUGUGGCGAACGGACAAAUCAUUACAGUUACAAGGGGCAUCUCUGGUUCCCCUGACAGUUGGUUCAAGUCUCUGUUUGUGAGAAAGGUUGACCCUAGGAAAGAUGCUCACGCCCAACUGCUCUCCAAGAAGGAAGACAACAACUUAUACAAAAUACAGUUUCACAAUGUCAAGCCAGAGUGCCUUGAUGAUUACAAUGAGCUUUGUGAAGAAGUGCUGCCUUCAAUCCACUCUAACCCUGAGUAUCCCUGUGAGCUGGUGGGGACAUGGAACACAUGGUACGGGGAGCAGGAUCAGGCAGUUCACCUGUGGAGAUAUCGGGGAGGAUACCCAGCUCUCACCGAAGUCAUGAACAAACUCAGACAGAAUAAGGAUUUUAUUAAGUACAGAUCAGAGCGAGGAAAGAUGCUGCUGUCCCGUAGGAAUCAGCUGCUUCUUGAGUUCAGUUUUUGGAAUGAACCCACUCCUCGCCCCGGACCCAACAUCUACGAGCUCCGGUCUUAUCAGCUUAGGCCAGGGACCAUGAUUGAGUGGGGAAACUAUUGGGCUCGUGCCAUUGACAUUCGUCAACAAAACCAAGAGGCAGUGGGAGGCUUUUUUUCGCAGAUUGGUAGUCUGUAUCAAGUGCAUCACUUGUGGGCAUAUAAAGAUUUGCAAUCAAGAGAAAACAUCAGAAAUGCAGCCUGGCAGCGAGAGGGUUGGGAUGAGGUGGUCUAUUACACAGUCCCUCUGAUCCAGCACAUGGAGUCUAGAAUAAUGAUUCCUAUGAAGACGUCACCUUUAAAGUAACUGUGGCUUAUUUGGAUGCUGUACAACAAUCAGGCCUGUCAAGAUUUUAACAAACCAUUGCAGUGCACAGUGCCAGUGAAAAAGCGGCAUGGCAUGCAGGGUUUCUAUCUGCUUUUCUUUCUUUUUGUUUUUUUUUCUUUGUAGGGCCUAGCUCAAAACAUAAGUGUUAAGAAUAACAUUACAAAAACAUACCUGUCACAAAGAUCACUGACAUUGUGUCACUGAAAUGUUGUAUGUAAACAAUACUGGCAUGCUUCUUCUUUGCUAUUGCUACUUUAAUGGUCAAAUUUCAAGCUCCUCGAAUAAUAUUUUAGAAAUUAAAUUACAGAAAAUUAAUCAAGGGUAAAAUGUCUUAAUUUUGUAACAACAAUGUAUGUGAAUUUUAACUUGUUUGCACUAGUUCUCUGUACCAUUAACUUUUACCACUAUACACCAUCUUCAAAUGGUAUAAAUUCAAUCAUUUGGAUAUUUUGUGUCAAAGUUUUUUAGACUGUUUGGUCUGUAUAUUUGAGAGGAGCCUGUUUACAAGUCACAACAUCUCAAAAUGAUUGUAAAUUAUAUGUAUUUGUCCAAAAUAUACCCACCUAGUGGGCAACUGCUGGAUGCUGAAGUAAUUCAAUUAACUUGCUGUGUAAUUAGGUUUGAUGGUUGAAAUAUUGUUAAACGCACAAGUGAACACAAAUAAGCUUUGUUUUAGUAUAAAGUGUAAACAUUGUCUUAUUUAUUCUCUCAAAUUCUUAAAUAUUACUCAGUUUUCUAGCAUCUCUGGCAUUUUCUUGGUUGCUUUUAAUUGAGGACUCCUAUUUAACCAAAACUGCAUAUGUAUCAGUUACUGCUGUACACAGUCUGAACUUUGACAUGGAUUCAGUUAAUGCCAACUGAGUGUUGUAAAUGGAAUUAUGUUUUUCAGAUGAUCACAGUACCUAAUCAAGUAGUUGGCUCCCUAUGGGCAAGCAAGCCAUUGUUACUGUCAGAUUUUAAGGCUAUAUUUGAAAUGUUUGCCUAACUUAAAAAUCUAACAAUAAAGUACAUGACAUGGUGGGAGAAA